CUGAGUGUUUCAGUCAACGGUUCAUGUUUGCUGGCCUUGCUGGAUACCAAGUGACUUCCACAAGAUCAAAGCAAAGAGACCCAGAAACAAAGUUUGUCUCUUUUUACCACUAUCAUAUCCUUUCUUUUUUGCAUUGUUGGUGUUUUACCACAAAAGACCCAAACUUUCUUGGAAAAGGUCAAGACUUUAGAGGAAGGGAGUCUUCACUCUCCACUUGGAGGGCAACAAACUGAAAUACAGAUUAUUUUUCAGACUACAAUCUUCCAGAAACACCCAAAAACCCAAGAAGAAAUUCUUUUUGGUCAUGUGUUUUCAAUUUUCUAUCUGGGUAUUUCUACAUAUGGUGACUUGAUUGCCAGUUUUCUCCGGAAAUUUGAUUCCAGCUUCCUCCAAAGUUGGGUUGAAUAGAGUGGUGGUGGUGUGAAGUUUGAUGGGCAUGAACUCUUUCUCAGAUUGCACCUGAAUGCAGGCAUAUGCCAGAAAUAAUAUUCUGGGUGUGAAAACUAUGGUGGAUCAAAAGUUUCAGGUUAUUGUCCGGCAACAGCACUUCUGCAAAUUUUUGUCAAUUAUGCACUCACAUAGGAAAUGAGGGUCUUGCUUCCUAGUUAUAGCAGGUUGCAAAAUGUUGGCCCUAGACUUGGCUACAAGUGUUGCAUCUGCUCCGGCUUCAGAAGUCAUUUCUCAAACGGUAGAGGCCAUUUUCGAAAUCGUAGUUGCUUCCAGGGACGUCCUUGUUAAGAAGGACACUUUUAAGGAACUUGCAACUUAUUUGGAAAGGAUUGUCCCCAUCUUAAGAGAGUUGAAUAAGAAAACAGUUUUGCAUUCUGAGAGCUUGAACAAUGUUCUGGAGAUCCUUAACCGAGAAAUAAGAUCUGCGAAGACAAUGACUAUCGAGUGCAGCAAGAGAAACAAAAUGUAUCUCUUAAUGAAUUGCCGAACAAUAGUUAACCACCUACAGAAUACUAUGGGAGAGAUCAGUCGUGCUCUAGGUCUUCUUCCCCUGACCUCUCUAGAUCUUUCGUCUGGCAUAGUUGAAGAAAUUGGUAAGGUUCGUGACAAUAUGCUUGGAGCUGAGUUCAGGGCAGCUAUAGCAGAAGAAGAGAUUCUGAACAAAAUUGAGACUGGAAUCCAGGAGAGGAAUAUGGAUCGUUCUUAUGCCAAUAGUUUGUUGGUUCUCAUAGCAGAGGCAGUUGGAAUCUCAACUGAGAGGUCAGCAUUGAAGAAGGAAUUAGAGGAAUUCAGAAAUGAGAUAGAAAAUGCUCGGCUAAGGAAAGACCAGGCAGAAGCUAUACAGAUGGAACAGAUAAUUGCUUUAUUAGAAAGAGCUGAUGCAGCUUCAUCUCCUGAGGAGAAAGAAAGGAAAUAUUUCACUAAGCGAAGAUCGUUGGGCAGUCAACCAUUGGAACCACUUCAGUCAUUUCAUUGCCCAAUCACUGGGGAUGUUAUGGAGGACCCUGUGGAAACUUCUUCUGGACAAACAUUUGAGAGGACUGCUAUAGAAAAGUGGUUAGCUGAUGGGAAUAGUUUGUGUCCGCUGACCAGGACUUCUUUAGACACAUCAAUUUUACGGCCCAAUAAAACUCUGCGGCAAUCAAUAGAAGAAUGGAAGGAUAGAAAUACCAUGAUUAUGAUUGCUUCCAUGAAAUCAAAACUCAAGUCUGAAGACGAGGAGGAAGUGCUCCAUUGCCUUAAAGAACUACUAGAUCUCUGUAAACAAAGAGACCUACAUCAGGAAUGGGUCUUAUUGGAGGACUAUAUACCUAUUCUCCUUCAACUUCUUGGUGUAAGAAAACCUGAGAUAAGGAAUCAAGUUCUUGUCAACCUUUUCAUUUUGGUGAAGGACAGUGAUGAUGCCAAGGAAAGAACUGCCAGAGCUGAUAAUGGCAUUGAACUUAUUGUUCGGUCACUUGGGCGCCGUGUCGAGGAAAGGAAGCUGGCAGUGGCAUUACUAUUGGAAUUGUCAAAGUAUAAUUUGAUAAGAGACAAAAUUGGGAAGGUUCAAGGUUCCAUACUCCUAUUAGUUACCAUGUCCAACAGUGAUGAUAAUCAAGCUGCCAGAGACGCACGAGAGCUGUUGGAGAAUCUGUCAUUCUCAGACCAAAAUGUUAUACAAAUGGCAAAGGCAAAUUAUUUUAAACAUUUGCUACAGCGUCUUUCUACAGGACCAGAAGAUGUAAAAGUGAUCAUGGCAUCAAAUUUGGCAGAUAUGGAGUUGACUGACCACAAUAAAGAGUCUUUGCUUAAAGGGGGAGUACUGGGUCCACUUCUUGAUAUUGUUUCACAUGGUGACGUUCCGAUUAAAAUGGGGGCUGUUAGAGCUCUUAGAAACCUCUCUAGCUUACCUAAAAAUGGUCUGCAGAUGAUUAGAGCAGGUGCAGAACGCCCAUUACUUGACCUUCUUUUUGAUCAUAGCUCAUCAUUGUCAAGUUUGCGUGCACAUUUAGCGGCCACACUCAUGCACCUAGCCAGGUCAGUGGUGUUUCAAGAAUCCAGCCAGACACCUGCUUCUCUUCUGGAAUCGGAUGAAGAUAUUUCCAAGCUAUUGUAUUUGAUUAACCUAACGGGGCCUGAUGUACAGCACAGCAUCAUUCUCACCUUCCACACUUUGUGUCAAUCCCCCUCUGCUAUAAACAUCAAGACCAAGUUGAUAGAGUCCUCAGCUGUGCAAGUAUUGACUCAAUUGAUGGAGCACGAUAACCCAAAUCUACGAGCAAAUGCAGUAAAGCUGCUCUCUUGCUUAAUAGAAGGUGGCAGUGAAGCCAUCAGCAUAAAGGAGCAUGUGGGUCAGAAGUGCAUUGAGACUAUAGUCAAGAUUAUCAAAUCUUCUAGUGAUGAAGACGAGAUUGCUUCUGCAAUGGGUGUUAUCUCUAAUCUUCCAGAAAUUCCCCAGAUCACAGAGUGGUUUGUCGAUGCUGGGGUACUACCUGUCAUAUUCAAUUUCCUCCGGAACGGCAAGCAGAAUGGUCCCCAUAACAAUCAGGUGAUAGAGAAUGCUGUUGGAGCCAUUUGCCGUUUCACUGUUCCAUCAAACUUGGAAUGGCAACGAAGUGCAGCUGAAGCUGGCAUUAUACCCUUGUUUGUACAGUUGCUGGAGUCGGGAACCUCCUUGACUAAAACACGUGCAGCCUUAUCUCUUUCUCGAUUUUCACAGAGUUCGCCCAGGUUAACCAGGUCAUUACCUAAGCACAGAGGACUAUGGUGCUUCUCACCCCCACCAGAAACUGGGUGCCCUGUUCAUGGAGGAAUCUGUGGCAUUGUUUCAUCAUUUUGCCUCGUGGAGGCUGAUGCAGUGAGACCACUCGUCCGGAUGCUUGGGGAACCUGAUCCUGAAGCUUGCGAGGCUUCUUUAGAUGCUCUAGUAACUUUAAUUGAAGGUGAGAGACUGCAGAAUGGUAGUAAGGUGCUUACAGAUGCAGAUGCCAUACCACCUAUAAUAAAACUUCUUGUUCAACCCUCCCCCAGUUUGCAGGAGAAGGCUCUACAUGCUCUAGAGAGAAUGUUCCGUCUGCUGGAGUUUAAACAGAAGUUUGGAGCCUCAGCUCAGAUGCCUUUGGUUGACUUAACUCAGCGUGGAACUGGUAGUAUGAAAUCUAUGGCAGCGAGAAUACUUGCUCACUUGAACGUGCUUCAUGAUCAGUCUUCUUAUUUUUAAAGGAACUUCUUGGUUCACCUGCAUGUGUUCAGUGAUUGAAAGAUCAAGCAUAAACUCACUUUGAUGCUUCAACUUGACUAAUAUCUUAUAUCUACAUGAGAACUUGUGGGGGGAACUAAACAUGGGAGCUCUUCACAUUUCUGUGAGAGCUAGAAAGUAUCUGGUUUUCUUGACAUUAAUCUGACGACGAAAUUCAGUUUGUCUUGACAUGGAGUUGCAGCUUCAAGUACCACAUUUGACAAUUCGAGUUCUACUGGUCUUAGAUAGAAAGUGAGCUGUACGACAAGUAGGAUUCCCACUGUAGGGAGCUUGAUUGUGACUCACAUGAGGUGGUGCAGGACGUUCAUUUCUGUCUGUAUAUUUGAAGCUUGAUUUGAUUGUUGGAGCAAGCAGAAGAAAAAUCAGUGUAAACCACCACUGUUAAACUCUGGUAAGGAAGUGGAGACCAUUUUUCCGAAAUCACUAAAUUCUUUUCUACUAUUAGGCGUGGAUUCUUUCUUGUGUAUAUGUAGGAAAAGCAGUUAAAAGAACCAUAUCAACUUCUCAGGUAAUAGUGUCAUUCAAAUUCCAUUCAUAUUACUACGUGGUCUAUGCAAUUUAUGCCCAUGUUUCAUUAAAGCAGCUCCUGAAAACCUUUUUGGUCAA